UCUGGAGUCACUCAAACAGUGAGCGAGCCAGCUAAGGCAGAGGUGAAGGCAGACGUGUAGACUCCUCAGGAAUUAGAAAUCUCAGCUAGAUUCAUUUCUAUCCUCUCAGUUGUUGUUUUGUUUUUUUAUUGAAGUAGAUGUGAGCAGAGGAAAUCUGUCUCUCCAACACGGACCACUGACCCCCACUCCUGUGCAGCAUCCAUGACUUUAUUCACCUGGUCGGUGCACGCAUUUGGAUUUAUCUUGGUUUGGAUGCUCUGCUUGACACAUGUUACGGGUCUGCAGUGCUAUGGCUGCAACAUCAUCCAGGGCCAGAGGUACGUGGACGUGGGGUGCUCCAACCCUGAGGUCAUCACCUGCGCUCACUCACACAAGGGUUUCAAACACCGAUUCUGCAUCAAGACAGAAAGCACGGCCCUGGGUAUCGUCCUGACCAGUGGAUGUGCUACGUCCAGACACUGCCAGCAACAAGAACUGCCUGGGGUGCGAAUCCACUGCUGUGACUCUGACCUGUGUAACAGCACCCCCCUCUGGCAUCCAAGCACACUCCACUACAUCUGCUCACUGCUCAGCAUCCUGCUGCUAAGUAUAUGGUUGUGAGCUAAAGUGGGACCCUGGAGAAACACGAAGCCAUCAGAAUCGUCUCAUAGCUGCUCGUUUAACUGUUUGGAUGAGCGCGUAACGUCUUGUGGUGUUACCGGGGAGCACCUUGAAGUAGGUUCUGUCACAUAGAUAGUUUGGAUCACAGUGGAGGCAAAAUAACACUGUGGAGGUGUUUGGGGAAAGAAUACAUCCACUGUAACGCAACUUCCGAUAUGGAAUUUUACAAAAACAAAUUGUGUCAGAUGAAUACGCAGAUUUCAGAUUAAUAACCCACUUAUUUGUGAAGAUAUACAUCAUUUUCUCUGUUAAGGAGUUUGGUCUCUUUCACCAGAUUCAACAGGUGUUUGGGUCUUGUGAAGUCACAGGAUACUUACUUUUCAAAGAGGCCAGCUGCAUGUAAUUAUUCUGCAAAACAUUCUUCUGUUAAAGCAUGUCAUGUAAAUCAGUCCAUUAAAUGUUUCAUAUUUUUCAAACUGA